AUGGCCAUCGCCGAAGCGUUGUUGUUUGUCAACAACAGAGCCGUCGAACAUCCCCUGCAAUUCUUGACUGCAGUUGCUUUCGCGGUACCUCUGCUCUACGUCGUCAUCAAUGAGUUCAUUCGGGCUUCAGCUCGCAUUCCCGGCUUCAAAGGGCCUCGUGGACUGCCUUUGAUAGGUAAUCUGGCGCAAAUUCGAAAGGACGCAGCCGAACAAUAUCGCAUCUGGUCCAAGAUAUAUGGACCCGUCUAUCAAAUCCAGCUAGGAAAUAUCCCUGUCUUAGUGGUCAACUCUGCCGCAGCUGCGAAAGUCCUUUUCGGGCAAAACGCACAGGCUCUAAGCUCCAGGCCUGAGUUCUAUACUUUCCAUAAAAUUGUCUCGAACACAGCUGGUACAACAAUUGGUACUUCUCCCUACAGUGAAUCGCUGAAGAGGCGCAGAAAGGGCGCAGCAUCGGCUCUCAAUCGGCCCUCCGUCGAGUCUUACGUGCAUCAUCUGGACGUCGAGUCCAAAGCGUUUGUAGCGGAGCUUUUCAAGUAUGGGAAUGGUGGGAAGACACCAGUGGAUCCCAUGGCUAUGAUUCAGCGUCUCAGCCUGAGUCUUGCCCUUACUCUGAACUGGGGAGUACGUGUAGCAUCCCAGGAAGAAGAACUUUUUGACGAGAUCACCGAAGUCGAGGAUAAAAUCAGCAAAUUCAGAAGUACUACGGGUAAUCUACAGGAUUAUAUUCCGAUCCUGCGUCUCAACCCGUUUAGCAGCAACUCUCACAAGGCGAAGGAGAUGAGAGACAGGCGUGACAAGUACCUCAGUUCACUCAACCGGGACCUUGACGAUCGAAUGGAGAAGGGCACCCACAAACCUUGCAUCCAGGCCAACGUAAUCCUUGACAAGGAGGCCAAGUUAAACUCUGAGGAGCUCACCUCUAUUAGUUUAACCAUGCUUUCUGGCGGUCUUGAUACCGUCACAACUCUCGUGGCUUGGAGUAUCUCUCUUCUUGCUCAGCGUCCCGACAUCCAAGACAAAGCAGCGAAAGCUAUUCAGGAAAUGUACAGCGAAGGCCAACCGCUGUGUGACCCUGCAGACGAUCAAAAAUGCGCUUAUGUCGCCGCUCUGGUCCGUGAGUGUCUCAGAUAUUACACUGUGCUUCGUCUGGCCCUGCCGCGCACGUCAAUUAGGGAUAUUACUUACGAUGGUAAGGUAAUUCCUAAAGGAACUGUAUUCUUCCUGAAUGCUUGGGCCUGCAACAUGGACCCCGAAGUAUGGAGUGAUCCGGAUGAAUUCAGACCAGAGCGCUGGUUCGAGCAACCCGAUGCGCCCAUGUUCACUUACGGGAUGGGCUACCGCAUGUGCGCUGGCUCACUCCUCGCCAACCGUGAGCUGUACCUUGUCUUCAUACGUACUCUGAAUAGCUUCCGUAUUGAGCCUACUGAGGAGAAGAUAGAGUGGCAUCCUCUGAAGGGAAACUCUGACCCGACGAGCCUGGUGGCGAUACCGAAAAAGUACAAGGUCAGAUUUGAUUUGAUAAGCGAGUUGAUACGCGAGUACGAUACGCGAUAA